AUGUGUUCAGUGAAGAUGGGAGAUCUGAGCAUAAUGCAGGUGACGAAACACAUAACUAUGCAACAGAAAUCACGAGAGGAAAUUCUUGAAACUUCCAAAGAAAAUGAGAGAAUACUUACACAAUUAUACGAUGAUGUGCUGGCACAACUGAUGGAAAAGGAAAAAGAGAUACGUAAACUUACGCAAGAGCUUGAACAAUGCUUUGAUCCCGAUGACAAAAAACGACUCCAAGAACAGUUAGCAAGAAAAAAAGAUCAAAUUUCACACCUUUGGAAUCACAAACGUGUCAUGAAAAAGCGGAUAGGUACUUUAGAAGAGAUCGUAAAGAUUCUGGAGCAUGGUUCAACCUCAACGGAUGAGUACACUAAUCAAAGCAAAACUGAGAAAUUGGAAAAGCUUAUUGAAGAAGAAGUUAAAUUGAAAGUGGAAUCAAGUCUUAUUCAGGAACGGCUAGAAUCAGACGAAAGAUUGCACUAUUCUAAUGUCAGUACUAUGACGGAUUUCUCAUAUCGGAGCACAUCCAAUGAUGACAGUGAUGAAGAUGAUCAAAAUUCAAAAGGAUACAAAUUAUCUCAAACAAUGGUGAAGCCGCUGCUGCAAGUGACUGGCCAGGAGGAGAAAAUGCACGUAGUGGAGAUAGAGAUGAACAAGUAUAAGGAGAACCUUGACAGAGCCAAGACGGAGAUGGAGGAACUGGAACGCAAGUAUGCUCAGAUCAUACAGGAAAAGAACAUCCCAAACGAGCAACUGCAGGCCGAGGCAGAGAUGGUGGAAGAGGCACGCGAGGCAAGUGAUCGUCUAAAGGUGAGGAACGAUGAGCUGGAGGACUACCUGCAUGACAUCAGAGAGAGAAUGGAGGAACAGGAGGAGAAAGUGGCUGCCAUGUUAGAGGAGAGGAAGAAAUACAAUCAGACCAUCCAGGACCUUGAGGACCAACUUGAGGAGGAAGAGUCGGGCCGUCAGAAGCUUCAGCUGGAGAAGGUGACGGUGGACGCAAAGAUUAAGAAACUGAUGGAAGAUGUGGCUAUUCAGGAUGACUCCAACCAGAAACUGACCAAGGAGAAGCGCAGUCUAGAGGAGAGGCUGGCGGAGGUGAGCUCCUCUCUGGUCAAAGAGGAGGAGAAAGCAAAGCAGCUAGGCAAGCUUAAGACCAAGUACGAGGCCAUCAUAGCCGACCUCGAGGACCGCCUACGCAAGGAACAGCAGGCGAGACAAGAGCUGGAAAAGAUCCGUCGGCGCCUGGAGUCUGAGAUAGCGGACCUCAAGGAGCCGCUGAACGAGAAACGUCUGCAGGUGGAGGACCUGCAGUCACAGCUGGCCAGGAGGGAGGAGGAGAUACAAGGGUCACUGCAGAGAGUGGAUGAAGAAUCUGUGGCCAAAUUCACUGUUCAGAAACAGCUACGAGAAAUGCAGAACCAGCUUCAGGAGGUUUUAGAGGACCUUGAAACAGAAAGAGACACCAGAAUUAAGGCAGAAAGACAGAAGAAAGACCUCAAUGAAGAGCUGGAAGCUUUGAAGACGGAACUCGAAGAUUCUCUGGACACCACAGCCGCUUUCCAAGACCUGAGGGUAAAGAGAGAGGAUGAGUUGAAGGACUUGAAUGGGACGAUAGAGAAAAACCAGAAGACUCACGAGGCCCAGGUAGCAGAAAUGAGGACCAAGCACACCCAGCAGAUGGAGCAGUAUAAUGAGGAACUGGAGAAUGUUAGGAAGGCAAAAGCCCAGCUAGAGAAGACAAAAACUACUCUCGAAGCAGAGAACACAGACUUGGCCAAUGAUUUGAAGCAAGUCCAGAUGGCCAAGCAGGAAUCAGAGCGAAAACGCAAACAGGCUGAACAGACUCUUGCUGAGCUGAACAUCAAAUUGGCUGAGAUAGAUCGCGUUAAAGCUGAGCAGACAGAGAAGGCCAGUAAGGCCACAACUGAGUUGGAGACACUCACAUCACAGCUGGAGGCUGCAGACACCAAGAACAUACAGCUGGGCCAGAAAGUCUCCACUCUAGAGGCACAGCUUGCAGAUUCUCAGGAACUUGUUGAGGAGGAGACACGUGGCAAGCUGGCGGCCCAGAGCAAACUGCGUCAGGAGGCAGACGAGAAGGAGGCCCUGAAAGAGAGGCUGGACGAGGAAGAGGAGACUAGACAUGCCCUAGAGAAACAGAUCCAGGACCUGCAACAGAAGAAGAGUACACCUGGAAAGCCGUCGGCUAGCGAAGUAGGUUCCGAUACAAUUACACUGACGUGGGACAAACCUGCUUUGUUUAAGAAGGGAGAUCAUUUCCAGAUAUCAUGCAGAGAAAACAAGGAGUCUAGAUGGAAGAUUUGCCAUGAAAGUAUUGAAAUAAACAGAUUUGAAUUAACCAACGUAAAAUCAAAAUCACAGUUUAUAUUUCGCAUUCGGGCGGUAUAUAAUGACUACGAAAGUGAUUACAGCAAAGAAAGUGAUAUAGUUACAACAAAGGAAUCUCCAGCAUCGCAACUUAUAAGGUUCUCUACUCCUCUUAGCGCUCCAGAUGUAUUACCUAUCCAGUAUGCAUUACCUAUGAUAGAAGUCGAAGGAGCAAGAAAUAAAAUCGGGAAAACAAGGAAAUUUGAAAUUGGGUCUCCAAGGAAAGGAUAUUGGGAGGAGAAGACAAUUUUACUAAUUGGUGAGACAGAAACUGGAAAAAGCACCCUUUUAGAUGGAAUGGCUAAUUUCAUACUUGGUGUUAAUUGGAAUGAUGAGUUUAGAUUUUCUAUUGCCAACCUAGAAGAUAAAAAAGGCAUAAAUUUGUUUAUCAGGCAGUUUCGCAAACGGAAUGGAUAACAUGUUACACGAUACACCCGCAAGAUGGUGGAAGAAUUUCUUACACUAUUAACAUAAUUGAUACGCCAGGAUUUGGAGAUAUACGUGGGCCUCAACGGGAUGAAGAAAUUGUUGAACAAAUCCGAGAACUGUUCACCGUGGAUCCACCAAAGGGAGUUUCGAUUAUUGACUCUGUAUGUUUCUGUGUUAAAGCACAAGAUGUUAGGUUGACUCCGAGGCAGAGCAAUAUAUUCCAAUGGAUAAUGUCGAUGCUUGGAAAGGACAUAGAAGCCAAUAUAUGUUCGAUGAUUACGUUUGCAGAUGGUCUUGAUCCCCCGGUUAAAAAUGCUUUGCAAAUGUCUUAUUUACCAUUUGGUAAAUUGUUCUCCUUCAACAAUUCUGCUCUGUUUGCAAAAAAUACAAAAUCAGAUUCACCCAGCUUGUCGCCGAUCUUCUGGGACAUGAGUUUACAAAGUUUUCGGAUUUUUUUUAAACAUUUAGAAACACUACCUUCAACAAGUUUGAAGUUGACCAGCGAUGUUUUAAAAGAACGCCAUGAAUUGGAAGCUAUUGUAAAAAAUCUUCAGCCUCGGCUUGACGUUGGUCUCAUGAAGAUCAAUUCAUUGAACGCACAGAUCAAAAGUUUUAAAGAAAACACAUCGAGCAUUGCUGCCAAUAAAGAGACAUCACAUACAUUGCUGAUUCAAGAAAAAUUGAUAGACGAGUUAAAAGCAGAUUUGAAUAAAGUAGUAGAAACUGUCGAUGAAAUGAUUGAAGCCUUUUAUGCAUCUAAAGCUCGUCUUAACGAAAUAGCACUACGCCCUCAUCCUUUAACAAUGAAAGAGCACAUAGAUCUGCUUAUUGAAAAUGAGAAGAUGGAUAAGAAUAACGGUUGGGUUGAGAGGAUCGAAUCAUUGCAUUUCUUUAGAGGGCGUGCUAAUAUAGAGGAAAAUCUCAGUCAAUUUCGUAUGCAAGCAACAUCGCUCGUGACCGAAAGCAACGGAACAGCGAGAAAUAAGAAGAAAGAUUAACAGAACAUAUUUGUACGUCGCUGGAAUCAGAUCUUAAAACAUUUGUGCGAUUUAGUACACACUUGUGCAAUUCAAGUAAAACGAAGGAACCUUCGAUAUUUCUAGAAUAAUUUCAAUACACCAUUAAAGAAUAUGUUGAAGCCCAGUUUUAGUUUCUUGACGAUCCAAUGCUUAAUUUGAGCUUAUUGGUGUUAAGUUUUGAUUAAUUUGUCGAUUAUAUCGAUGAUAUUGCACAUUUGGAACUCAAGUGGCAAAUCACCCGCUGUUAAUAAAUAGCUGAUAAUUUUCUCGUUGUAUUUUGAAUUUACAGUAUUAUAUCAACUCUUGAAAAAAAAACGUCGGUAAUGAAUGGCUUACAAAUGUUUAGCUUGUCUUGUCUUGUAUGCUUCGUGUAAUGUCAUGAUUUGCAACAUUAAAUCGUCAUGUUAAGGCAUUUGUGCUUGUGCUUGAGCGUCUUUAAUGGCGCCUUUAGCCAAAACUGUUCUUGUUUCCUGCGUUUAUGAGGUAGACAAGAGAAACCCGUUGCAAUUAAUAAAAAAAAAUUUUUUUUCAUUGCAAACGUCGAUUUAAUUGCGUCUUAUCUGUGCCCAUAAUUUACUAUACGUACCUAUGCAAUGUUUCCAGGAAUUACCUCUGAACAUUUUUUUUAUAAGUUACAAUUUGCAUGGUCGAGAAAUACUCGUUGGGCUUGUAUUUUUUUCAUAGCUGCAUAUAUGCUUAGUUUUGAUUUGCAAAUUGUGUGUGUUAGUUGUUGCUAAUCUUAUUGCAUUGCAUUUGACCAAAGAAAACACAAUCAAACUUACAAUCUAAACAUGAUUUAGUUUCUACUAACGCAGCAAACGUUUAAUAAUAACUUUCAGAGUGUAUUUUUUUUAAUCCAGAUUCGAUUUCAGUUAUCACUUAAAGCACACGCAAUAGCUUUAAUAGAAAAACUAGUUUGUUUUAAUAUUAACUGUUAUUAACUCGUUAAGAUAUACAUCUACUCGCAUUGUUAAUGUUAAAUUUAUUGUUUGAUGGCUUAACACACAUUGUUAAUUUCUAACGCUUACCAGUAUUAAUUUAUUUAGCUCACCUUAUUUUAAUUGAGACUAAAAUA